CCGCCUUCCCUCUGUGCCCGCCUCUGUUCCCCUCCCGCCCCAGACGAUAAAUGGGAUUAUUUUAUUUUUAUUUUUCUUGUUCAUUUCAAUGCCCCGAAGCUGAAAUUGCAGCCCAGGGAAGUUUCUGCGCUGCCGCGGGACAGACGCGGGGCACGGCGGGGAUCUCCCCUGCGCAGGGGGUGUGAAAAUGAGAUUAUUUGCAAUUAAAAGAGCCAAAAGCUUCGCGCAGUUCCCUGCUCUGCCUUCCCAGGAGCUCCUGGCUGGGUUCGGAGCUGCCAGGGUACAGAGAGAGCUGGGAACGCUGGAACUGCCCCAGCCCGUGCGGAGCGGAAUUGGCUGAGGGCCCCCAAACCCUGCGGCUGGGCUGCCCGGGAUGUGCUUUGGGUCCUGAUGAGUUUUUCCCCAUUUUUUGAGCUGGAGCUCUGCUGGCCCCGUGGCAGAGUGCCUGGUAUGGGUAAUGGUGUGAGAGAAGGUCCAGUGGAAUUCCAGAGGGAUGUGGAGCCCGUCCCAGCCCGAAUUCCUGCAGAGGAUAACCAGGAGAAGAAGAAAGUGCUGAACUCGCUGAUGUCUGGGGCUCUGGCUGGGGCCGUGGCUAAAACUGCAGUGGCUCCUCUGGACAGGACGAAAAUCAUGUUCCAAGUGUCUUCAAAAAGAUUUUCUGCCAAGGAAGCGUACAGGCUGAUCUAUCGCACCUACCUCAACGAGGGCUUCUGGAGCCUCUGGAGAGGGAACUCGGCCACCAUGGUGCGGGUGAUCCCCUACGCCGCCAUCCAGUUCUGCGCCCACGAGGAGUACAAGCAGAUCCUGGGCAACUACUACGGAUUCCAGGGAAAGGCACUGACGCCUUUCCCUCGCUUCAUUGCCGGCUCCUUGGCUGGCACCACGGCUGCCAUGCUCACCUACCCCCUGGACAUGGUCCGUGCCCGCAUGGCUGUCACCCCCAAGGAGAUGUACAGCAGCAUUGUCCACGUCUUCAUCCGGAUAUCCCGCGAGGAGGGGCUGAAAACCUUGUACAGGGGCUUCACACCCACCAUCCUGGGCGUCAUCCCCUACGCUGGCCUCAGCUUCUUCACCUACGAGACGCUGAAGAAAGUGCACGCAGGACAUCGUGCGCGAGGAGGGACUCGUCAGGGGCCUCUACAAAGGGCUCAGCAUGAACUGGGUGAAGGGCCCCAUCGCCGUGGGCAUCAGCUUCACCACCUUCGACCUGACGCAGAUCCUGCUCCGCAAGCUGCAGCACGGCCCCGGCCUCGAGAGGUAGUGGCUUCCUGCAGGGAGAGCAGUUCAUUCUUCCCUGGCCUCCCACGUGCUCCUGCAGCUGGGAACUCGCCCCUUUGUUGGGGGUUCUUUUCCUGUUGUUCCCGGAUUGGUUUUUUUUUCUCCCAUUUUAAUUUGGAAGCCUAACCGUUCCCUCAGUGAAAAAUUCCCGGUCCUGCAGAGCUGAGUCCUCCCAAGCAGCUGCCUCGCCCUUCUGAUGGACUCUGUCCCCAGGAGUGGAGCCUCCCCACCCUACCUGUGCUGCUCCUGGCUCCUCACCUGGCUCUCCGUGGCAGAGGGGGCUCGGAGCUGUUGGGAAGGAGCCCCUGGCUCUGGGAAGGGGCAGUUUUGUAGCUCCCUACAUGCUGCCAAGUGCAAUAUCCCAGUGUGGUCCGUAGGGAAUUGCAGAUUCCCCUGGGCUGUGAAGGCAGGGCAGGGCAGGCCCAGGACACUACACUUGUUCCCAAAGCUGAAUGUUUCCUCUGGCUGGGAAUGCUGCCCUCUCCCCGUGGAUUUCCUUGCUUUUGGGUUGAGCUGCAUCGAUGUCCCUCGUUUGUGGUGUCCCUCUGAGAUUACCAAAGAUGGAGGCAGCAGAGGAGGGGAGUUCUGAGCCCUUUCCUGAUGGGAAUUUUCCUCUGUGUGCUGCGGGUGUCACCCAGCAAGGGCCAUGCCUGGAUUCCCCCCCAGACUGGAUCUGCUCGGCUGAUUUGUGUUCCCUUCUGUGCCGCCCUGCCCUGGAGAGGCAGCGAUUCCAGGGCUGCAGGCUCCGAGGGAGGAGCUGUCCGCCCUCCAAUGCCCCCCAGUGUUUGUUCAUUCAGUGUUAUCAGUGCUCUGUGCACCGGGGAGAACAAACCCUGCUGCAGCCGGGCUGUCCCCAGACAGAGCUGUCCCCUUUGGUACCUGCUGUGUGGGUCCUGGCCCUGUGCUCACUAACCCAUCCCUCAGCUGCCUCAGCCCCAGAUCCCCUCGGAGUUUAACCCUUGUGGGCUCGCCCUGCAGUGCCAGCCGCUUCCAGCUGGGAUUCCACCAUCUCUCACUGCUCCUCUCUCCAAUCAGUUUUCAGGGAAAUGGAAAUGGGUUUUUUUGGGGGUUUUUUUGGUGGGUGAUCCAUCCCUCUGUUAAACUCAGAGGUCAGAGCAGACUUCAGGCUCCUCUGAUGAAAGAUUACACAAACCAAGGUGGAAAAGUCCCUUUCCAGAGAGUCCAUAAUGCAAGGGAAAGGAUCAGAUUGACCUUCAGAGCUGUCCUUUCCUGGCUGCUCUGUGCUCCAGCUGUGGAAGCUGGACGGGGUGGGUGGCAGUGGAAGGAAUUGCACAAGAGGGCAGGAGCAGCCUUCUCCUUUCUUUUUUGUCUUUGCACUUCUUGGGAGCACGGAGCUGCUCCUGAUGCCAAAUGUUUCCUUAGGAAUGGGGGCUGUGGGGGCAGUGCUGGGUGUUGGCACACAGGUGCUGCUCCCAGCACUGGAAGGGCAGACUGGAACUGGAAUUCAGCCUCAGAGCUCUGCCCCCCGGCCCAGCAGGGCGACACAUCCCCUGAUUCCCUGGGAAUUAAAGAUCCCUGGGCUUUGGGGAGGUGCUGGCCCCGAAUUCUGUGUCAUUUCUGGGGGGCUGUGGAGAGCUCCCAGCUCUGCUGUCCCCUGCUCAGCCCCCAUUUCUUUUCUCCAAUGGAGAAGCCAAUUUACCCUGCUCUAGUCCUGAUGCAGAGGGAGGGAUUCCCAGCAGUGUUCAUGUCCUGUCCCUCCGUGUCCCCUCCCAGCUGGGAGAAGCAGGAAUUCCGGGAGCCCUUCUUUAAUUAGCAGCUGCCCCUGAUUGAAAUUCGGAAUUUCAGCCAAUUUCCCCACGAGUUUUGCAGGCUGGGUGUUUGUCCAGGGGCAGGUCCUUGAGUUCAGCCUCUGAUGGUUUUGGUGCUUUUGUUUCUCAGAGCCUGUUGCUGCUUUGGGUUGGUUUGAAAAGCUUCUUUUUCUUUUUUUUUUUUUUUCUCCUUUUUUUUUCCUUUUUUUUGAAUGUAGAAAAGGGGAAACAGAGUGUUCCCUUCCCUUCUCUUCUUCCCUGCAUGGAUUCACACACGUUCCAGAUUUUUUUCUGAGGUGUGCUGGCCAGGGAGAGCUCUGAGAAAGGCAAAACAGGAGUUUUUCCCUUUUUUUGUCCUUUUUUCCUUUCCUGCAUUUCCCUAAUUUUUCACUUUAUUCCUCUCAGAUUUAAUUUCCCACUCCCCUUUCUCACGGAUCCUUAAAGCAUCACCACCAAAUUUGUGCUUUUUGUUUUCCUUUCCCUCUCCCUCCUCCUGCUUCUUCCUGCACCUUGAGCCCCGCACUGGCACUUCAAGAAAACCAGGUCCAAAAAAAUGCACCCAAAACGUCAAAACUGCAGCUUUUUAGCGUUCUUCCAACAGCCCAAGCAUGUUUUCCCCUCACAGCCUGGAUGCUCCAGGCACUUCAGGCACCAUGGGAUGGUUUGGGGAACUUUCCUGAGCUCCUUGGCUGGUUUGGGAUCUUCUCUUUGUAUCUUCUAGGGGCUGAUUGCACCCUUUUGUUCACCUUUUUUUCCCCUUUCCCCCCUUCUUUUCCCCUUUCCUUUCCCCCUUUUCCCUUCUUUUUCUGUUUCCCGCCUUUUCUGUUUCCCU